AACGAACAAAAUCGACAUUCUGAAGCUUUCGGAGCUUCCUUUUGUGUGGACAGGGCGGAGGCCGAGGCCGCGACGGCUCGAGACGUGCCUCUGCAGCCGGAGGUGGGAUCGGGUCGAAAAGGAUGAGAAGACAAGAGACUAUAGAAGACUAGAGAAGGCGAUGGAUGGGGUUCGGUGCAGGUGCCAAGGCGACAGCAUCCACGACCGCAUCUACGGAAUUGCUCCGCACAUUCUCCCUUUGAGUGGUGCGAUGGAGGGCGAGGCCGACGACGGAGAGGUGGUGGUGGUGGUGGUGGUGGAGGAGGAGGAGGAGGAGGAGAAGAAGCUCCGAUUCAUGGCAGCACCAUCGACUCGUCGGCCUGUUGGAUCGGUGGGCGGAGAAGGGAUCGGCGGGCAUGGAGACGUUCUCUGUGGCUGUGAUCGGCAUAGGGCUUAUGGGCUCGGCAGCCUGCAGGCAUUUGUCGCUGGCUACGGGGGAGAAAGUGGUCGGAAUUGGACCCGCAGAGCCAGAGGAUUGGAAAUCGCACGCCGGAGUGUUCGCAUCUCAUUAUGACCAGGGCAGAAUCACGAGAAUUGUGGACUCGAACAACAUUUGGUCGAAGCUCGCCGCCAGAUCCAUCGAGAGGUAUGGGCUUCUUGAGAGGGAGAGCGGCAUCCGCUUCCAUUACCCCGUGGGAUCCAUCAGGGUCUCACCCAAUUAUAAGAAAGAUGGUGACACCUUGUACUUGGCGAAGGAGGUCGGAAGGGGCAAUGGAGCCGAAGCGGAGUUGUUGCCAUCUCGAGAGGCGCUCCAACGCCGAUUCCCCUUCUUCCACUUUGAGGAUGGUGAUGUGGGCUUGAUUGAGAAAAACGGAGCAGGAUAUAUCAAUCCCCGAGAGAUGGUUCGGGCCCAACUUGUGGUUGCCGCAAAGCAGGGCGCUUCGAUUGUCAGAGAGACUGUGGUAGACCUGGAAUGUAGUACCAGUGGUGUGAAAAUCAGGACCGAUGGUGGCAAGUGUUUCCUAGCUACACGAGUUUUGAUUGCUGCCGACAUCUACACGAAGUGGUUGGUUCCGGGGCGUGGAUUGGCUCUGAAGACAGUAUCCGAGUUGGUCGUUCUAGCAGAAGUUGGGUCUGAUGAGGAAAAGAGAUUGCAGUCCAUGCCUUCUUUGAUCUGGCGGCUGAACGGGGAAGAACCUUUGCACUCUGUCUAUGCCUGCCCUCCAGUCAAAUAUCCAGACGGCAAGACAUAUCUGAAAAUAGGGGGAACAUGGUUGCAAGGAUCAUCAGGUUACAGAGACGCAGUUCUGUCAAGCAAGGAAGAAAUUUCACAUUGGUUCCACAGCGACGGGCCGAGGGAAGAGGCUGAUCAUCUGCUGAAGGUUUUGAAGAAAUUGAUGCCUGGUCUCGCGAUUGAAUCUGUGCACAGCAAGCCAUGUAUCGUUACGUACACUGCUCACAAUUACCCUUUCAUCGAUGCUGUUGAUGGAAAACCUUUCCAGGAUGCCCAAGUUUUUGUAGUUACAGGAGGAUGUGGAGCAGCAGCGAAAUCGGCUGAUGAAAUUGGUCGAAUCGCCGCUCUUCUUAUGGAACACCGAAGCUGGGUUUAUGACCUGGAUGCAUCCAACUUCAGCGCAGUUUAUCAAUCUGCGAGCAGCGUAGGAGAGCAGAAGUACGUCAACAUAGAGCAACCACAAUCUACAGCUCAUACGCCACCCUGUGUUAACAAGGCAUGAUUACAAAAGACAUGCUCAUGCGGCAGGCACCCUUGUGAAGUCAAGCUUUUGGCAAAGUGGACAGGGGUAUUCAUUUUGCCAUAAUAUAGGAACUUCUCGGCAGGGUACACAACGUGGUCACAGAGCUUAAGUUCUAUAAAUAAAGUCAAAAUGGUUUCAUCGAGCAACAUCGCCUGAUGCCAUUUAAUUCGAGAUCUUGAGAUUUGAGAUCUUGAGAUUUAAUUCGAGAUCUUAAAAUUUGUUGUGGGAACGAUCCCAGGGCAUGUUUUUACCUGUCUCAAUUGGGCAGACGAUCUGUGCGUCUGCGACAGUCCAUUCCCAUGUUCAGUUGUCUUCGUAAUGGAAGUAAUCGUAAUCAGUUGUCGUCGUAUCAGCCUGUCUUGAACCGAGCAAUCCAACAAAAGGACAGUAAUUUCCUUUCGAGGAGGCUUGAUUGUCACACUCUUGAUGGUCCCUCCUGUUACUUCUUCAACUCCGAGGAAUCAACAUCGGGACAGGGAAGGCAACCUAGAUUAGCGAUAAAGAAGUAGAAGAGACGGAGCAACAGGGCUAAAAUUUCAAAUUAGGGCAGUUUCAUAGAGGACCAAUUGACAAUAACGUCAGACAGUGAGUAAAAACUCUCGAGUCUAAAUUGGAAACUUUCACCAAUAUUGUUGCGAAGUUUGAAAAGUUUCCCACUCUAGAAAGUUUACAAUUAGAGUACAUGUUUCCAGAGUACAUUCUCAUCAUGAGGUAUUACAUUACAGAAAAUAGUACCAACGAGUGCAUUCAUACAAAGCUGAACGCUCGUUACGAAGUGCAUUGUACUUAUGUACCUUCAAGUAGAUUGAAAUAAGAUUCACGAAAAAAUGACAAUGAAUAACUCUAUAAUGUUUGCCUUGAAUACACCGUGCG